CUGGCUGAGGCUGCUGUGGGGAAGAAAGUAUUGCAUGUCCCGUAUAGAGAUUCAGUUCUUACCAAACUCUUGCAGUCUGCUUUGGGAGGAAACAGCAGAACUAUUAUGAUUGCAGCUAUUAGUCCAGCGGACAUCUGUUAUGAGGAAACAUUAUCAACUUUGCGAUAUGCUGAGAGAACAAAAAAGAUAAAGAACAAAGCAGUGAUAAAUGCAAGUCCAACUGAGAAACUGAUAAAGGAACUGAAGGCAGAAAACUGUAACCUGUUUUCCAGGUUGUCAAGUCUUCGAAAUUCUGGUAAAAGAGCAGCAGAUGAAACAAAAGAGCUUCGUAGUUUGCUGGCUGAAAAUGAACUGCGGAUUCAGGCCAUUCAAGCAACAUGGGAAUAUCGGCUGGAAGAAGCCCGGAAAGAAUGGGAACAACAGUAUGCUGCAGUAACUCAGGAGGGACGAAUGAUGGAAAAAUUUCCUUACCUUGUGAACAUCAAUGAAGACCCUCAGCUUUCAGGCGUGCUGAAAUAUGUCAUUCAAGAUGGUUCUUCUGAUAUUGGUCAGUCAUCCUCAAAUGCUAUAACUCUCAGAGGUUUGGGUAUUUUGGAUAAGCAUGCAACAAUCACAAACACUGGUGGCAAAGUUACCAUAACUCCUCAAGAUAAUUGUAAAGUCAUAGUUAACGGUGUGCCCAUUGUUGUGAAAACUAAAUUGCAGCAUCUGGACCGUAUUAUUUCGGGGUCAAAUAAUGCAUAUCUGUACAUUGGCCCACCUGCAGAUCGUACCAAUGAGGACCUAAGCAGAUAUGAUUAUGACUUUGUUCAGUCAGAGCUGGCAGCGGCAAAAGGCUUCAGUGUAGAUAAACUUGGGACUGGGAACAAGAAGGAUGGCAAACCAGAUCCCAGUGUCCUUGCUGUGUUCCAUGACUACAUUAAAUUAAUGCCUUUGAUUGCUGAAGCAAACCAAAUGAGCGUGGAACUGAAUAAGGACCUAAAGAUGGAGCUGAAGGUGAAAAACCUGGCAUCUUCUGAUUCCAGAGGCUAUGACUUACAAAAGGAAAUCAUAGUUAAAGUGACUCACAAUAUAACUAACCAGGUAUGGGUUUGGUCAAAAUCUAAGUUCAUCAAUAGGAAAUUUUUGAUGGAAGAACUUUAUCAACGUUUUUUAGAUGGAGAAGAUGUGAUGGUUGACAAUGAGAAUGAUCCAUUCUGGGAUCCUGUGGAAGUAAUUCAUUUAGGGUCUGCUCACAUCUGGCUCCAGUCACUUGCUUAUUGCAUGAAGCUUGAAGAACAAAUAGAACUCCUUAAUUCUGAAGGGAAGGAGGAAGCAAUCCUACUUAUCAAUAUAUUUCCAUGUUCUCCAAAUGGCAGAGCCUUUGGAGAGGAUGACAUGGUUAUUGACCCUUUGGAGAUGCUGGGGAAAAGGAUAGACUUCCAAAUUCACAUUUUACAAUGCCUUGGAGUUAAAUGGAUUAAAGAAGUAGCACAAAGAGGAAUUCAAAUUGGAUACAAAGUUUAUGAUCUCCCACAUUCAUUAUACACAAAGCCUGCCUGGAAAAAUGUGAAUCCAAAGCUAGAAGAACGAACUCAGUUUUCAGCCCUGAAUACAUCCCAUGAAUUUUUUAAUUACUUGCAGAAAAAUGCUUUGAUUGUUGACUUGUGGGGGCUUCAAGAAGGGUGUACAGAAAUGGACUCCUCCCGACAAGACAUGGCAGUCACCGCCAAGGGCUCCAUAAUUAUUGAUAAUCCUAAAACUGAGAUUCCGAACCAUGCUGGUCUAAACAUAGAUAACCAUGUUGCUGAACUUCACCAAAAACUUCUAAAGCUUGAGCAAGAGACUGAACUACUCAGAAAUAUUAACAGAGCUCUAAGAGAGGAAAAUGUACUCCUGAAAGAAAAACUGACAGAAUGCCAAACAGAAACCCCAGGCAAGACAUUAAAAUCACCCAUAAAGAAGCUACCUACCAAGACAACUCCAUCUGUAUCAAAAGAUUCUCAUACAGUGUGCAAUUCUCAGAUAAGCUGUGAUGCUGAAUUUGCAAAAGCCCUCAAAGCCUUCUAUCAGAAUAUGAAUGUAAUCAGAGGACAGUUCUUAAAACUGAAGCACUACAGAGCCCCUGAAGAAGAUAAUGUACAGCUGCUGCGACAGUUUACUGAGAAGCAAUCCCACAUGUUAAAGGAUUUUGGAGACCAACUUGAGUCAAGUAUAAGUAAACUGAAAAAUGAUGUUGCCUUAAUAAUUAAAAAGAAACGAGAGAUACUUGCUAACAGCAAGCAAUGAAGUU